GCCGCCGCUAAAAAUACCGCGAUGGAGGCGAUGCAACGUGACGAGGAUGGCGGAGACGACCCCGCCGCCGUGGUCUCACUGACGUCGGCCAGACUGCGGCACGAAGAUGCCAACUCCCCUGCGGAUGAUGUCGUUUCACCAGUUGUGGACAAGAUCGACCACCGAGCGAGAACGCAUUGUCCAGCAUGGGACAGCAAUCAAUUCACGAGCAUGAUGCAGACGGAGUUGCUGUCGUACUCACUGUCAGUGUCAGUGGGGCCACUCGCCAAUGUCAUGGAGAUCAUGGGAACGACGCUCCAGAAACAUGACGACACGCUUCAGCACCUUCUACUCCACUCUGCCGAGCUAGAUGAGGUCCAGGCCCAAACAAAUCAGGCCAUAGUUGAACAAGCCGACGUGCUGGAUAACCACUUGCAAGACGCGAUUCAAAGUGUACGCGCAGAUUUGCUGGCGCUCAUCCAUCCCCUCGAAGUGAAGGCCGAUGUCGCGGACGGCGCGAUCUGCGACAUGGUGCAACAAGUGGAAGCACUGCGCAAUCGUGGGAACCCCGGGGACAAUACCUCUCGGCCGGACGACGAUGCAGUGGCGGCUCUGGCGAAACGGUUGGACGAGAUGGAAGUUCGACUGGGUCGCCUACAGGACAGUUCUCGAGACGAACCCUACUGGAAGCAAGAAAUGGAGCAGUCCAUGCAAGCGCAACUGAGCGCUAUGCAGCAAUACAUGCAGUCGGAAUUUGACUCGGAGAGACAACGGAUUCAAGACAUCCUGAACAAGCACAGCAGCACUGGCCCGGACGAAGAAAAGCAGCACCUUCGACCCCCCACGAUGCCGCUGCCUCCCCUGCGCCGGGCACAGAGCCACCCGUCCGGCCUUGACGCUGACACCCCCGACCUGGCCUCCAUGUCGAAGAACCCAGACGCAAAAAACGACAGUGCUGUGGUGAUCCCGGUGGAGGAGUUGGCGACCAUCCACCAGCGCUUGGAUCAAGAAGAGCACCUUCUUGAAGCACUACGCCAGCAGUACGAGGCCCUCCAGGAACUCGUCAACCAAGUGCAAGCAGAUGCAACAGGGUUGGCAACUCAGCUGAGUGGUAUCAACAGCAGUGGUAGUCGAGGCGAUGCAUUGCCUCCACUGACCGCGUCGUCAAGCUCCACAGCCCUGGCAACAACGGGUGAGUUGCUCGACCAAGGAGUGGACCAAGGUGUGGUGGACGACGUAUUUCGCCCGAACGAUGCGUUGGCAGGCGAAUUGGCUCGCCAGGCGCUCAUCCUCGACGCACUGAACAAGGACGUGGCUGAGUUGCAAGCGCAGCGAUCCGCACGACAACGCGAUGUAGACAAGCAAAUGAUGGACGUGAUCAAGCAAUUGAAGGAAUUGGCCACAGCCGACGCCGUUCACACGUCGAUGAUGGACACCAAUAAGAGUUCGAUUCAAAAAGUAAAAGCCGACGUGGUCAAAGUCGCAGCUGACCUCCAAUCGCUUCUGGAAAACCAGAGUCUGCUGCAAGGCUUUCAAACGAGCGCGGGUGGUGGCAGCAGCUCGACGGACCUGUCCAUGGUGUUCGCCAAGCUGGCUGAAAUGCGCAAGGCGCAGCAAGAUGCCAACAGCGCUCUCCAGGCCAACGUGGAUUCGCUCGUGGAGCGGCAAACCAGCAACCAAGAAGCGCUUCAUGCUCUGAAAGGACAUGUUGACAGUUUGGAGGCCAAAGUCGGCUCCCACCAGACCACACUAGGCUUGCGGGACGACGAAGACGCAGAGUGGGUGAAGAAAAUGGGUCGGCAACUGGAGGCCCAGCUCGGGCAUCAAAAGGAUAUGGUCCAACGCGGUCUGCACGUGCAAGAGCGGGUUCUCACGGCGUUCUUGGAUUUGACGCAACGCGCGACCGACAUGCGGCAAGACGUUGAGAAGGCGUCUACGUCAGAUGUGCUUGGCGUGAAAGUACCCGAGAUCCAAAAACUAUUUCAAGUGUUUCAUCGCAUGGGGCCACAGAUCUCCCACGUCUUGGCACUACCGCCGCAGUCUCACGAGGCUCUCCAGCGGAUUGCACACUCGAUUGAGCUGAGCCAUUUCGCGCCAGCGGACGCCCAACCAUUAACUAGUACGGUCAGCGAGACGCACCAAAUGCUGUCGAGUUUAGAGCUCCACAACGAGAACAUGGCGAAGCAACAGGGGCAAAUUCGAACUCAACUGGAUGAGCUGUGGCAUGCAUGGAAUGCCAAAAUGCACAUGGACAUGCUUGCCAAGUACAUGAUGCUGUCCAAGGAGCUCCGUGACAUGAUCAAGCAAACGCCAAUGCGCGCAGGAGGACCGUCGUCGAACAAUCUUCACAUUGGCAAGCACAACAAUGGUAGCGGGCUUUCCGAGGCCGACACCAAAGUCCUCGAGACGAAACUCGUGUCGACAAAUCGGCGGCUCAACGACAUCGAGGAAAACUUGAGAGCGUUGAGCAAGAACAUCAUGGCGUACAAACAAGACAUGAACGACAAGGUCACGGCUGGCAACCUCUCCAAGCUCAAGUUUCAAGUGUUUUCGGAGCUGGCCAAGAUCCAUGCCGUUCUGGGGUCUGCGCGCUUUCAAGGCCAAGGGGGACAGUCGUCGUCGACACCCAUGCGGGUCUUGGACGACACUGAGAUCAAGCCAUCUUUGGACGACCAGGCCGAGCUGAUUGCUAGCUUGUGCAACGAACUCAAGCAGUCGCUCGCGGAAAAGGAAAAAGAAAAUGAGGCAGCAGCGGGCACGUCGCACCAUUCGUUGUCCAAGUUAAGCAACGAGAACGAAUUGUUCAAUGCCAAGCUCGAAGCAAUCACGGAAAAAGUUGCCGAGCUGUUUAUGAGCCUUGAAAUGCACCGGACGAAUUCGCAGCCCCGCCAUGCCAUUCCGACAUACAACCCGGGGCAAAUGCUCGACAGCUUUGCCCAAAACAUCGACGCCAAACUCGCCGAAACUCAAUCGCUCAACCGCAAGGAAAUCCACGAUAUUCGAGACGAACUUGAUGAUCUUGUUCGGCAGCGAGUGGCCAAGGCAAUGGAAACCUUGCAAGGCCCAAUCGAAUAUGGCGACGGGACCACCGCAGGUGGGAGUAAACCAGUUGUGUGCAUUGCAUGCAGUCGACCGGUAAAACUGGAGACGCACAUCCAAGACACCAUCCACGACCGAUUACCAGCUGAACCCAUGGUCAAGGUCCCGCAUGAUCCCGUGCUGGACGUUCCGAUUGACGAGCCAGGUGACGAGUUCCAUGUGUACCGUGCUGGCUUUCGCAUGCCUUCAAACGACAAGCGACACAACUUGGGCAAGGGCAUGUUGCCGCUUCUGAACAGCAUGUCGCCGACAGCGUCGCCAACAAGACGCAGCAGGAAAAAGCUCACAAGUCCUCAGUCAACAGAAUAGAGGAAACCACGCAUCCCCUUUGAUUGGCUGAAGAAGUUGCACAGAAAUCCUAAGAACAUUUUGAUUGGCUAAUUUCAUUUUCAAUCGAUUUACCAUGACAAUGCGAC